AUGACUCACAAGAAACUGAAGCAGAGUACUGUGGUGUCCAACAAAUGCUUCCGUCUGCUGCGGUUGAAGCACGAGAUGCAAAGUGAUGUGAAAGUUCUUAAAGCGGUGGUGGAUGAACUGGACGUGCUACGUUUGUGUCGCUUGUUGGGCAUGACGGUGGCUGACGAGGACCAAACGUCCAAGCACAAGUUCGAGUUCGGUAUGUUCAACUCCAGUGACUACGACGUCGACUUUGCCCGAUUCAUUCGUGGAAGCUGGUUGCUGGAAACAUGA